AUGGAAGAUCUCCUAUUCGAGGAGUUUCCUCCUACCCCACCGGCUUCGGGUGAUCAAGUCAGAAAAGCAAUCGUGUUGAAAGUGGACUGGGAGUACGAUGACAACGCCCACUACGUCCCCGCUGCUUUACGCAAUAAGGUACCAGAUCAUCUUAAAAAAGAUGGUAAGAUAAUACUAGAGAAGGGGACUGAGGGAUUUCUCUAUGAAAUCAGUCCCAGCAAGCAAUGGGGUUCAGUGAUGUUCAUUGUUCAUGGUACUCGCAUACAUGUGGCGGUUAAGUUAAAAUACAUUACAAUCGGAGCCGAUUUCAGUCCAUUAUCGCUGAAAAACGCAAAAAGCCUUGAGCUCUUUCAAACAGAGCCACUUCCCAACUCUAACUAUCGCACCUACAACAGCAAUUUAAUGGACUCUUUUAUCCAUGCAAUUUGGUGCACCCUCCGGUCAAGAAUCAUAGAACUCCAUCGUCUCGGCAUAAGUACGGUCCUCUUAAACAAAUAUUUUGGGGAAGAUUUUCAACAAAAUAUAAAUACAAUCAUUCAAGGCUUCACACCUGCUGCACGUACAGUACUGCAAAACGGCGAUUUCUCAGUCAAUAACCUUCUUACUAUCGCUGAAGUAACAGAAGACUGGCCACCAGCAGGCCCUAUUAUUUAUAUUCGGCUCUAUGAUAAUGAAGUCCCAGGCACUCCUCGAAGCGCUGUUUAUGUUGGACAAACGAUAAAUGCCAUUAACCGCCUCAGAGAGCACAAUUGUACAACAAAUACUUCAAAUGGGUUACAUUAUCGGCAUGCUCGACGCUUUGCACCUGAACAUCGUCGUAUGUUACCGCUAUGCUCUUGGGACCAGGAUAUCCCACGUCAUGUGUUAAACAUGGCUGAGCAAACCGUGGUCCUCAUGUUCGGGUCAUAUUCGCCAAUGUCCCUGCCCACCAACUCCCUAAUGAGCGGUCGUCUUGGGUCCUAUUACCCGUUUAUAUCGUUCAUGAGAUCUCUCCGGCAUGAUCUUACGCAGAGGCUGCCAUGGGCGCCUUCCAUCAAUCUCUUAGGCCUGAAUGUUGCAACACCUCUCGCCGAGUCCAAGAAGCUUCGAUUAAUCCUUUGCACGCCGAGAAUACAACUCACUGGAAGCAUUAGGACAUUCACCCGAUACCGUACUCCCGUUAGUUUGAACACACACAAGGACCGCCAACAAGCAAGCUCUAUUACUUUAAACCUUCGCCAUAGUGGCCCUGACUAUAUGUACAUCGGACUGAGUAUUCCUUGGGAAGACAUCAACUCAAAGAACAUUCCUUCUAGCGGCUUUUUAGUCUAUGAAAUAAUGGACGACGGACAGCCUCAUCCCAGCCCGUGGAUUAGAAGUCCAGCUGUUGGGCCAUAUGAAGACUUCAUUCGAGCCUCAACCCUUGGUAUGCGCUAUGAAUGGCAUGAUAAAGUGCAGAAUGUUUGGCUUUCAAUAAGUAUACAUAAGCCAGGAUGCACUGCGAUGCUUAUCAGAGCCUUGAAGGCCAAUAACGUUGAGAUUAGCCUCGCGAUGUGGAGGCAACCUUUGCAUAUAAUCCAAGCCCUUAAAGGUAUUACUUACACGGACUACCGACCCAACGAGGGAUUUUAUAAGCAGUUAAACUUCGGAUUGAUUAAGGUAAUCCAGGUCCAAACCGACCACCUUAAACAGACGUACCAAUUGGUUGAAAGGCCGGAAAUACUCCAGUCCUUUCCUAAAAAAGCAACUUGGUCUUAUAAC